AUGGUAAACUUUGGAACAACACUACUUGAAACAGAACUGCCUCGAACUUCCUGCUGGCUCCAAUCAUCAAAUUCUAUUGACCACUUUCAACCAAGAUCAUAUACACCAAAGAUUUCGCUAAGCCCUCCUGGGAGUCCAAGUAGUGUGGAGUCUAGUGGUAUUAGACGUUAUCGCAGGACUACGGCUUGUACAACAUGCCGUGAUAGAAGAGUUAAAUGUAGCCGCGACAGGCCAUUCUGCACCCAAUGUAAGAAGGGGGGACGACUUUGCAAAUACUUGAACAGCGAAAUACCCGAAUUUGAGUUCAUUGAGGUGAAUGUAUCAAGGAGUUCGGCUAGGAAGUCGCCAUCGCCAGUUAUGUCAAAUCCAAUCACCGAGAGGAAAUCCGGUAUUAAGUCAAAAGCAAAUAGUCGGUCGGUGGUUAAAGUGUCCCAAUCACCAUCGUCUCGUUUCCUCCCAAAGACUCUCGCCAAUGAUAUAGAUCCUCAAUUCCAUCAGCCUAUCAAAAAUCCAGCGAUAACCCUUGGUGCACUCGGCGAAGAUUUCAUUUCCUCUUUUCGGAUGAAAGUUCCAGCGCGAGAAGUUUGUGAUCAUUUCUUGAACAACUUCAUUGGACUACAAUCUGCAGUGCCCAUAUGCCAUAUUGAUACCCUUAUAGAUGAGUACAGCAGCUUCUGGGCCAACCUGUCUUCUAAGACCUCGGUCGAAUCUACCCUACUCAUCUUAGCUGUUCUAUAUUGUGGGGCUGCUAAUUCUACCAUAAAUAUUUCACAAUCAACAACAUUACAAGAACUAUACGAACAGCUAUUAGAUGUAGUUAAUCUUCCAACAUAUCAUCACACACACCGAAGAUCAUCUGCGAUCCAGCUUCUGCAGGCUUACCUACUUGUAAACACUUUUCGAGCUAGCACAUCAUUCUCACAGUUCCGGUAUGGUUUCCUAUCCCACGCCAUUAGACUCGCUCAAUCAUUACAACUCCAUUCCGACAAACCGUAUCAAAGUGUUGGUGUCCAGGCUGAAGUUGAAAAGAGAAUGUGGUGGCAUUUGCUGUUUUUGGAUCUGCAGUCGACUAUCACGACCGGCGCGCCUUCACUGAUGACUAGAAGCGGAUACACAAACGAUUUUUCGUUACCCAUGGUGUUAAAUCAUGCCUCUAGCCAAGAUUCAGCUUCACCAAUGAUGAUCGCGUUUUACGGCCAGUGCCAGUGGGUGCGUUGUAUGCGCGGGUGGGUCAUGAACAUGCCAACACAGGAAGAUGCUGUUCGUCUUGUUGAAAGCAUCGAGAAUCUUCUGAAAUUGUUACCGGAGGUAAAAGCAGAAAACUUACGACCGCGGGCGUACCUGAUGUUAUUGAUUGAUAGUGUAUAUUGCCUUCUCGGCUUGAACUUCUGCCAAGCAGAACAAUUGCAGGAUAUUGGGUGGCGCAAUGAUAUUGUCCGGGCUGCAAGUUCAUCUCUGCAAAAAUAUCUUUUCCUAUCCGACACGACCUCCGCAACGUCAUUGAAGUGUAUUCUCCCUGGUCUCAUACAGCCUCACCACGCUGUUUUUAUCCUCCUCAUGCACCUUAGUCUAUGCACUUCUUUGGAUACCAAGGCUCAAUCGCUGAAAGUUCUUGUGGAUAAAGUCUUCGAUGUCGAACUAUCUAGCCCCAGACCUGGUGCCAGUCGUGCUGCUUCCGGAUCGCCCGAAUCCACCCAUUCUAAUCAUACUUCUCGUAUCACGCGCAAGUCAUAUGGUUACCCACGUCAAGAUAUCCUCAUCCUACUCUAUAGAAGAGUACAAGCCAGAUUAAACCAGAAUACACGGAAAUUCACAGCCAUGUCUCGGUCCGCUUCUCCUAAUAUGGGGGUCUUACCACAACCUGAAGGCUUGGUCUCGCGAGACACGAAGAGCAACAUUGUCUCCAGCGAGAAUUGCGCAAGUGGAUAUGAAGGAACUAAUUGUAUGGGCUUGGCAACGGAGAUGCACAGAGAGGAUCACAUAAUGGAUAGAGAGCUAGAUGAUGUCUUUAGAGGUGGACGAGAUGUAUGGAAUAAGUGGGAAAGACUGAUAGGUGCGGUUUUCAAGUGCUGA